AUGUCCUUAUUCAAAAUCAGAGAGUUGUGGACAACUCACUGUGAGAGUGAAGAUGAAGUGUUUGAUCAGAACUCGAUGAUUGUCACUAAACUGGACAACACUGAGUUUUUAGUGACCGGAAGUCAUAGUGGAGUGUUGAGAAUAUUCAAGCCUUUUAACGGUUCGGAUGAGAGUGGAUUUUCAGCAGCUGAUUUGCUAGCGGAGAAGAAAUAUGAGCAGCCGAUUUUGCAAGUAGGAAGUGGACAACUAGUUUCGUAA